CCUCACGUUUCCUACCAUGAAUCCCGUUUACAGCCCCGUUCAACCGGGGGCUCCCUACGGAAAUCCGAAGAACGUCACCUAUACAGGCUAUCCUGCGGGAUACCCCACCGCAGCCCCCACCUACAACCCCAACAUCUAUUCGACCACCGGUCCAGGUUACGCCCCAGGAUACCCCGCUGGGACCCCCUACAAGGUCCCUCCGACCCAGAGUAAUAACGCCCCGCCUCCCUAUUCUCCGUCGCCCAACCCUUACCAGACCGCCAUGUACCCCAUUCGAAGUGCCUAUCCGCAGCAGAACCUGUACGCCCAGGGGGCGUACUACACGCAGCCGGUCUACGCGGCGCAGCCUCACGUCAUCCACCACACCACGGUGGUCCAGCCAAACAGCAUCCCCUCCGCCAUUUACCCGGCUCCCAUCGCCGCGCCCAGGGCCAACGGCGUAGCCAUGGGGAUGGUCGCCGGGGCGACCAUGGCGAUGUCGGCAGGCACACUGCUGACCGCUCCACAACACACUGCCCUGGGGGCACAUCCCGUCUCAGUGCCAACGUACCGGGCGCAGGGGACCCCUACCUACAGCUACAUCCCACCUCAUUGGUAAUUCCAUCGGCCAGUCCAUAUCUGGAGUCACGACAUCGGAUGCAACCAGGAGUGACGGAGCAGCUGCCCCACAUCCCCCCCACCUUCACCCACCCCGGGUGUUGCCAGCAAAAGCGAAACCUGCCCACCUCGAGGGUCCCCUUCCGCAUUGUUUGAGAUUUUUAAUGUUGCAUUUAAUUUUUGAUUUCCUGGACAAAAAAUAUGCACCUUUCCCCACCUUCCCUUGUCCCCAGCAUCCACUUUUCCCCGUUCCUCCAGUUCCCCCAUCCCAUUGAACCCUAUUGUUGCUUUUCGCCCCCUUGGUCUUCCAUUUUCUUCCCACUGAGCGUCGGCGGGACCUCCUGAGGCCAUCUAUACAUUGACGAUCCAUGCCGGUUCCUCGGGCAGGGGGGGGGUAGCAGACGGGGGGAAAUUCCCCCUUUAGGGUUCUGGAGGGAUGGGAGAACAGCCUAAGCCUUUCUCCUCCACCCACCCACCCUUCCUCUGGGAAGGCCUCCCUCACCCACCGACCCAUCCCCGUCCCUGAUUGAGACCCCUGCCUCUUUAAAAACGAAAAAAAUGCAUUGGAUGUGUGUCACUUAAAACAGGGGUCUUCAACCUUGGUCCCUUUAAGACUUGGGGACUUCAACUCCCAGAGUUCCUCAGCCAGCUUUGCUCUAGGGCAGGGGUCUCCAACCUUGGUCCCUUUAAGACUUGUGGACUUCAACCCCCAGAAUCCCUCAGAUAGCAAAGCUGGCUGAGGAACUCUGGGAGUUGAAGUCCACAAGUCUUAAAGGGACCAAGGUUGGAGACCCCUGACUUAAAAAAACAAAGGCAGAGUUUUGUCACAGCGGUUCUGGUGGUCAUUUUGAGGAAAACAGGCCUUUGCCCCACCCCCAGCCCCUCGCCCACCCCCAAAACGGACCUUCUGGAGAUGAUACAGUUAGUCCUCAACUUACGACCACACCGGAGCCCCUAAUUUCUUGUCGCCGAGCGAGACGUUUUGAAUUUCGCCCCAUUUUUACCACCUUUCUUGCCUCUCGUCGUUCAGCGAAUCCCUGCGGUUGCUAAGUCGGUCACACGGGCUUCCCCGUUGACUUUACUUGUCGGAAGGUCACAUAAAGGGGAUCACGUGAGACACACACACACACACACACGGAUACAGCCACCGUCAUAAAUACGAGUCAGUUUCCCAAGCGUCCCGAGUUUUGAUUCCGCGACCACGGGGAUGCUGCGACGGUGUGGAAAAACGGUCCUAGGUCAUUUUUUUCAGGAGCCGUUGUUAACUUCGAACGGUCACUAAACGAACGGUUGUAAGUUGAGGACUACCAGUAAUGAGGAGAUGAAGCAGGAGACCCCAAAAUUCCCCAUGUUAGCUUGGAAGAAAUUGAGCACGGCGGACAAGAGAAUGAGGAGAUUCUAUGGUGGUUUGUUUGGAGAAGCUGACUUCCAUGUCUGGUGCCCACCCGAUUAGUUUACAGAUUAACAGAGUUGAAAGGGACCUAGCAGGUCAUCUAGUCCAACCCGGCCCAAGCAGGAGAUCCUGCGUACACCAUUUCUGACAAACGGCAGUCCAGUCUCCUUCCAAUCCAUUCCAGUUGGAUCAACGUGGCCUCCAGGAUCUCCUCAAUCAAAGUCCUCCCCAGUGAUGUGUUUUUUUUCUGGGUGCCCCCCCUCCCAAAAAAUGAUCUCGCUGGUCUUGUUGGGUUGUAGGUUGGGUUCUCCAUCCCUCUUGACCCCCAUCGUUCAAGUCAGCGUCACGAUCUCCAGACGUUGGGUGGUGGCCAAAUGUUGCCGAGAACCUGGUUGAUGUGUGGAGGCAACCCGAAGGAAGGUUGUCUGGAACCCACUUGGGAGUAGGGGGUACAGAGAUGACCCCCACCCAAUGUUAAAGGAGCCCUCCUAUGGGGAUAUUGGAAGGUAGAAUUGAUGUGUUACUUCCACAAAGGGAAGGAAACAGUGGGACCAAGGGAAGUCCCUGACAGGAGAAAUGAGGUUCCUCAAACUAACCAAGCAGAAGACGAACGGAAAGAAAAAACGAGAUCCAUCUUGGCAAGGAGACCCCAUGGUCUGGGAGGAUCCACCCUUGGGAUCUCACAAACCAGACAGGACUCAGCUGGCUUGGCCCCGAGUUGGAGAUGACCUGUGAUGGUGAUGUCUCCUGAAGUAUCAACUUGGACGUCGAUGUCCUUUCUGCCUCGCGACCACCCUUGCCCAGCGGAGAGGGACUUCCGGGGUAGCCCAGGACCUCUUUACCCAAGUUGGGCAAGGUGGAAGCCAGUUUGUGGUCAGCGCCACGUCUGUGCCCAGAAGUUUUCAAGAGCUACUCAACGGUUGAGAUAGAUUUGAGGAGUUCUGGAGAGCUUCUGGAUAAGAGUUGUGACUUCCAGGAAGGAAGCCCUAAACGUUGCUGGAGAUUAGGGAUGAAGGCUUCAACCUUGGCAGCUUGAAGAUGGGUGGACUUCAACUCCCAGAAUUCCCCAGCCAGCACGGCUGUGCUGGCUGGGGAAUUCUGGGAGUUGAAGGCCACCCAUCUUCAAACUGCCAAGGUUGAAAAAUAUCAAUGGUUGGGAGAUCAUUGAAUCCAGAAGUUCUUUCCAAGGUCUGCGGGUGGCUGUGCACAUUUAGGAUCCAGGGAGCAGGGCCAGUGGGUGGGCUUAUGUUUGCAUAUUUUCAAUUUGUCAGGAAUGGUAUCGGGAGUCGUCCUCCCACUGGGCAGCGGGUUGGACUAGAAGACCUCCAAGGUCCCUUUUAGCCCUACGAUUCUUCUUCCUUCUCACUUUGGGUUGUAGAAUCCCGCUGGGGCCGUAGAAUAGCACGGAGGGGAACAACGAGAACAACGGAGUCGGAUGGGACCUCGGAGGUCAUGUAGCCCAACCCCCUGCUCAAGCAGGAAGCCCCCACCCACCCUUACACCAUUUCAGACCAACCAUUGUCCAGUCUCUUCUUAAAAAGUCUCCAGAGAUGGAAGGGUUCGAGGAGCUGCAGUCGUUCCCCGGCUACGGACAGGUUUGCCACGGCUGCUUGGCCAAACGCGGAACCAAGGGUGGGAUUCAGCCGGUUCGGGGAAAACCGGUAGUUACGGCCAAGCAGCUGCACCUACCCACCCUUCCUGGCGCUAUUCUUAUACAAGCGCCGUGUUUUUGACGCAAGGUGUGUAUGCACUUAACAUUUUUGAACUUGGGCGAACAGUUGGUUAAAUUACGUGAGGGCCACCUCUGCAUGGAACCCACCGAUUUCUGGAAGGUGGAUUUCCUCCAUCGUCCGGCAAUUGGAGAGCGGGGCAGCCCCAUCAUCAAUAGGGAAGACAAAGAUGGCUUCCUCAAAGCCGGGGAAUUCGGCUAAGCUACGAAGCUGACUCGAGCGGUUUUCUGUUGCUGUGACCCACAGAAGGCGCUCUGGGUGGGUCACAGUGGGAAGACCCAGAGAGAUGCUGUCACAGUGCCCGUUCACACUAUCGUAACUCCAGGGGAAGAGCCUGGCAGGACGUCCGGCCAACCAGCUCUCACUAGGGACUAACUGCACGAGAGAUCUUGGAGCCCGAGUGGACAAUAUCUUCAAUAGGAGCCAGCCGCGUGCAGCAGCUGCCAAAAAAGUCAAUGCAAUUCUAGGCUGCAUAAACAGAGAUAGAAUCAAGAUCAGGUGAGUGUUGAUACCGCUUUAUAAGGCCUUGGUAAGGCCACACUUGGAAUAUUGCAUCCAGUUUUGGUCGCCACGAUGUAAAAAAGAUGCUGAGACUCUAGAAAGAGUGCAGAGAAGAGCAACCAAGAUGAUUGGGGGACUUGGAAGCUAAAAGAAGAACGCUUGCAGGAAUUGGAGAUGUCUAGUUCACAGAUCAGCAACCUGUGGCUCUUUUACCACUGCUGUGGCUCCCUGUCACUCAAAAUAUACAUCACAACCGCCAAUGUGUGACACGCGUCGGCACUUUUCAACCCCCGGUAGGCCAACCAUGGAUAAAUCCAAGAAAAGUUUUAGAAGAAAAGAGAACGUUUAAUGCAACUACAGAUGCUCGUUUUGUGGCCGCUCAAGAAAUAAGUCAGGCACAAGAAGGGUUUUGUGGCUCCCGGCGUUUUCUUUUCUGUGGGAAAUGGGUGCCAAUGGCUCUGUGUGUUUAAGGUUGCAGACCCCUGGUCUAGUUUAAUGAAGAGAAGGACCAGGGGGUGACAUGAUACCAGCCUUCCAAUAUCUCAGGGGCUGGCACAAAUAAGAGGGGGGGUCAACCUAUUCCCCAAAGCCCCUGAAGACGGGACAAGAAGCAAUGGAGAGAAGCAACCUAGAACUAAGAAAUUUCUUGACAGGACAACCAGUGGAACGACUUGCCUCCAGAUGUUGUGGGUGCUCUCAUCACUAGAGGUUUUCAAGACGAGAUUGGGCUGACAUUUGACAUGGUAUAGCCUCGUGCUUGAGCAGCUGGUCGGGCUAGAGGACCUCUUAAGGUCCCUUCCAACUUAUUCUCAACCAGAAGUUGUCGCUCUGACAUUGGAGGUUUUUAAGAAGAGACUGGACAGCCACUUGUCUCAAAUGGUGUAGGGUCUCCUGCUCGAGCAAGGGGUUGGACUAGAAGACCUCCAAGGUCCCCACCAGUUCUUUUAUUCUAGCGUUGUGGGGGGGUGCCCGUUUUUCGCUGGUGCAACGCUAGGGGAGCCGCGUGGCUGGACAUCCAGCCCAGUGGUCCUCGCUAGGAGGCUCCGAGCAGCCUUGUUCUCACCUUCUUACUUCCAGGUGUAUAUAGCUGUAUAAAGUGUAUAAUCUUAAAUUGGGUGGGGAGGGGGGAGGCAAUCGGCCAAGAGAGCUGGGUAGCAUUUGGAGACCCCCCCUCCCGCAAAGACCCCAUCAUGAAUCCUGAGAGCUAUAGAUUUGUGACCAUCUGCAGCAGGGGGUCUCCAACCUUGGCAACUUUUAAGCCUGGUGGACUUCAACUCCCAGAAUUCCCCAGCCAGCUUAGCUGGCUGGGGAAUUCUGGGAGUUGAAGUCCACCAGGCUUAAAAGUUGCCAAGGUUGGGGACCCCUGCCCUACAGGAACAAAAAGCUAAAAUUAUGCAAGGGGGUGGUUCUCGACUUAACGACCACAGUCGGAACUGUAGCUAAGCCAGGCGGUCGGUAAAUGAGUCACACCUUUUGGUCACGGCGGUCGGGCGAAUCGUUCCUGUCGCUAAAUGAAUCUCAUGGCCGUUAAGCAAAUCCGGCUCCCUUCCCCCCAUUCACUUCUUGUUGGAAGGUUGCAAAUGGCGAUCACGUAACCCUGGGACACUGCAACCGUCGUAAAUAUGAAUUUUGAUUAUUGGACCGUAGGGACGCUGCCGCGGUCAUCCGUGUGAGGAACUGGGCGGAAGUCACAUUUUUUUUUAAAGCGCCGUCGUAACUUCGAACGGUCAGUAAACGGAAUGGUUGUAAGUCGAACUGCAUUGGCAGUUAAGGAGAAGCACCUGCAUUUGUCCAGAUUUCAGGGGUCCCUGCUGCGUACACCCCCUCCCCAUGAAUUAGGAAAUAAAGUUUUCUACUCUUUUCCCUCCCCCCAUCGCUAUAUAGGUAUUCCUCAACUUACGUCCACCAUUGAACCCCAAAUGUUGCUAAGCGAGAAAUCCGUGAACUUUCCUGGCCACGUUUUGUUAAGUGAAUCGCGCCUGGAGGAGCAGGUCAACCCUUGUACAAUGGAUGCACUGUAUUCAUUCCAGGUAGUCCUCGGCUUACGACCGCCGACACUUCCGUUGCUAAGCGAAACAUUUGUUAGAUGAAUUUUGUUCCAUUUUACGGCCUUUCUUGCCACGGUCAUUAAGUGAAUCUGGCUUCCGCGUUGGCUUUGCUUGUCAGAAGGUCGCAAAAGGGGAUCACGUGACCCCCGGGACUCUGCAGCCGUCAUAAAUGUGAGCCAUGCGUGAUAAUGGUUCAUAAGUCAAGUGCUUUUGGACGGUCACUAAACAAACGGUUGUAAAUCGAGGACUGCCUGGAUUGGGAGUUUCUUGCAUAAAAUCAUUUGCAGUGUAAGACACUUGAGAUGGAAAAGCCCCUUUUGCAGGGUGCUGCCGAGAUAUAUUUUAAAAAAAUUAUCUAGCCUGCAGAAUUAAUUCCGUUAAUCGCUUUUAGGACAUUUUUACUGGAAACAAAAAGUCUUCCAUUCUUUCAACCGUAAGGAUUUAACCCAGCGGAGUUUUUUUUUGGGGGGGGCGGCAAACUGGUGUGUUUGAAAAGACCCCCCCCGGCCCUGAGUCGGAACUUGUGAAUACGACGUGUAAAUUCAUACGAUCAUGAUUUCGUUGGGAAGAUCAACCGAGGAGGGAUCUCCCCGACAGAUUUAAGCCAAGAGUUUGUAACUGUACGAUAUUUACUGUAAGAUGUAGAACAUUCAAUAACGAUUAAACUAUUUCCAAAAAAGAAAGAAGGAAAAAAAAACCC